AGAGAAACAACAUAUUUAAGCCAGUACUGCAAAUGAGAAAGGAUAAAUCAUUGUGGUGAUCGACUUACUAACUACGUGACAGAGGUGUGUCCCUAACACACAUUAAAUUUACCAAUGAGAAGCAAGGCCAAAGAUCCCUGUCCUGAGUUACUGACGGACAGUCAACAUUGCUGGGGUUGUUGGAGUGAGAAGUGCAUUCUGCUUGAACUGAAACAACUCUCAAACCUCAGGCAAAUAAAGCAUCAGCGUUCUGAAGAAACCCUCGGCCAUGGAUGUUGCAUUUCAGAGGAAAAGUGCUGAGAAUGCUAAGAGAUCAAUAUAUAUUGAGGAAAAAUUUACCACUGGUGAUGAAGUGACUCUCAUUUUCUCGUUAAAGGAAGAAGUUGGUGCCUUGGCCAAAGCCUUGCGACUGUUUGAGGUAAAAGGUGUGAAUCUCACUCAUAUUGAAUCAAGGCCUUCCCGCUUCAAAAAGGGGCACUAUGAGUUCUUCAUUGACCUGGACUGUAAAGAUAUCACUAGCCUUGAGGAGAUACUCAACAGUUUGCAACAAGAAAUCAGCGGCACGGUUCAUGAAUUAUCACGGGACAAGAAAAAGGACACAGUUCCGUGGUUUCCUCGGACCAUUCAAGAUUUGGACAAAUUUGCAAAUCAGAUCCUGAGUUAUGGGUCAGAACUCGAUGCUGAUCAUCCUGGUUUUACAGACGCUGUAUACCGAGCUCGCAGGAAGCAGUUUGCAGACAUUGCGUAUAAUUAUCGACAUGGCGAUGUGAUUCCCAGAGUUGAGUACACAGAGGAUGAAAAAAGAACCUGGAGUAUUGUCUAUCGAGAACUGAAGACCCUCUACCCAACUCACGCAUGCCUUGAACACAAUCGUGUGUUUCCAUUGCUGGAGCAGUAUUGUGGCUAUAGGGAGAAUAAUAUUCCCCAACUUGAGGAUGUCUCCAGAUUCUUACAGUCUUGCACAGGCUUCCGUCUGCGUCCAGUGGCUGGUCUCUUGUCUUCCCGGGAUUUCCUGGCAGGUCUGGCAUUCCGCGUUUUUCAUUCCACACAGUACAUCCGACAUGGGUUGAAACCGAUGUACACACCAGAACCGGACGUGUGUCAUGAGUUGCUGGGGCAUGUGCCACUCUUUUGUGACCCAAAAUUUGCCCAAUUUUCACAGGAAAUAGGACUUGCGUCUCUAGGUGCUCCAGAUGAAUUUAUUGAGAAGCUUGCUACGGUUUAUUGGUUCACAGUGGAGUUCGGCCUCUGUAAGCAGAGUAAUGAAAUCAAGGCGUAUGGUGCAGGUUUACUGUCAUCCUACGGAGAGCUGCAGUAUUGCCUAACAAGUGAACCAGAAGUGCGUGCCUUUGACCCAGAAACAACACAUACUCAGGUAUAUCCGAUCACCAAAUUUCAACCAAUCUACUUUGUCGCUGAAUCAUUUGAAGAUGCAAAGGAGAAAGUGAGGAAAUUUGCUGCCACAAUCUCUCGGCCCUUCUCUGUCCGUUAUAAUGCUUACACUCAAAGUAUUGAAGUUCUGGACAACAUUGAACAGCUAGAGAAUCUGGUUGACAGCAUCAGCAAUGAUAUGGGAACUCUCUGCCAUGCCCUCAGGAAACUUAAGUGAAAAUCGCUAAUCAUAAUUACUUCCUGUGAAAGCCAAGUUAUCAAUAAGCAUGCAAGAACUCUUUAAAAUUGUAUAGAAUGAGAACAGCAUAUUCAACUAUCAAUCUGAUCACCUACGCCGAUUCAUCUCAUGUGCAUUGUGUAUAAUUUGCCUGAUUCAACUCGCUCAAUCUUCCAAGUGAAGUAGCCCAUCUUACGGAAAAUUUUGAAGAAGUUAGAGCCCUGUGACAUUUAUUCCCAACUGAAAGGUGAUUGUAAGGAUGUCAAUCCAACAUUAUAUUCCCUAUUCUUUAAAUUUGACUAGUUAUGUUCCGGGGCAAUGCAUCUACGGGCCUAAGGUAUACAAAAGGCUUUUCAGAAAUAUUGCAUCUUUGUCGACAGCUAUGCUAAUUCUUCAUAACUUACAUUCUAUUCAUUUGCUUAUAUAGCAUUGAAGGAGACCAUUCAGCCUGACAUACCAUUACUGCUUCAGUAAAUUAGAUGUUUAAUUAUUUUUACCCCAGUAGUAGGACCCCCCACAGACACAAUUUUUAAAAAAAAUUUUCAAAAGUUUAUCCAACUACAAAUUGAAGGUGGCUUUUGAAUCAAUUUCCACUAAUUGUUCAGGCUGUACAUUCUAGAUCACAGCAACCCAACUUUCGGCUAAAAAGUAUCUCCAUUUUCUCCAUGAAUUAAUUUCCCAAUAACCUUCAAUCCACACCCUCUGUUACUAACCUUCCUGCCAAAGCAAGCAAUUUUACUGCAUUUAUUAUAUCAGAAACUGGUAUCAAUCUUCAGUAAAUGUGCAUCAAUCCCAUUUGAUUUAGUUUUGGUGUGGAAAUGGUUGGAUUUUCAGUGCUUAUGCAGAUCUUGAACAAACAGUAGUAAUUCUAAUGUAAUUGUGCCAAAUUCACAUCAGGAAGAUGCCGUAGAAGCCGGACAGUGCAUGAAUCCAGCCAAUAUAGUGGAGUUCAACAUUGACUGCAUAUAAUAACAUUGUGGUGUUGAAGGCCCCUUGGGACAGAAUGGAGCAGAAUUCAAGGUAUUAAUCAAAUCUGGAUCAGUGGAUUUUGUUGGGUGGGGGAACAUACUACUCUCUGAUCUAGCUUUCAGCUUGUUCACUUUGAAAUUGGUGAUGGGAAGUCGGUGGAGAAUUUUCCAUGUUGAACCAAGCAAAUUGAAACACUCAAAACCCUUGGUCAAAUGAUGUUGGACAACCAAUUGAUUGUAUCUCUGACAAUGCCGAUAGCCCUCUGUAUAUUCGUGCACAGCCAUCUCACUUGUCAACAUUAGUAAAUGCGAGUGUUCAUUCUGCCGUAUCAUUUACAUAAACAGCAUAUGCCCCAGCACGGAACCUGCAAAUCUCUAAUGAACACCACUGUACUUACAUUCUGUACAGUACACCACAGGUUCAUUUUGCAAAUAUGGAAGAUGGUAAUAAAUGAAUUGCUUCGCUUGGGUUGCUUUCUUCUUCUACAGCCCAAAUGUGAUUCUGAAUCUCUUAAAAGAGUGAGCUGUCGAGACCGUACAGCAUUUCUGGCUCUUAAUGAUGCCCAGUGCCUGGGGUUACAGCCGGUGGAGCUGCUGUCAAUUAUAACACAGGUAAUGUUACUAAUUUGAAGGCAACACCUGAGACCCUUCUGAGUAGAAGUGUAUUUAUGCAAAAUGGUUAUAUUUGAAUGAAUUGUUUUUGCCCUUUUGUUUUGAUUAUCUAUCAGUUCUCUUGUUAAACAGGCACUUUUUUGUACAUAGUUUGUCACUUUCAUUAUUCUUACUGAAAUACAAAUAGGAUGGAUGCAAAAGAUCGGGUUUGUGCAAACUUUGUUUGCCAAUGGCCAUUUAAAUGUGUAGCAUAGAUCACUAAGGACCACGUGUAAUGUUAAAAUCAACUUCAAUUGCAUCUAUCUGAUAUGAAUACAUUUUGGAUUUGCAAUUAAAAAGCAUCCAUAGAUGUUAAAAUGAGGUAUUUAUUAUUUCAACUAAUAUCCAUAAUAUAAUCCAAAAAAAAUUCAAACAGCUAUUCCAAUUAACGUUGAGGAAAUGUCGUUAAUAGCCUUUCACAAACCUGCAGAUCUAAGAAAAGUUCAAACAGAACAAACCAGCUGACAGAAAAUACAAACAAAAUACUGUAGAUGCUGGAAAUCUGAAAUAAAACCAAAAGGAUCCUGGAAGCACUCAGAUGGUCUGGUAGCAAGUGUGGAAGAAGUGUUAACAUUUCAGAUCCAUGACCUUUCAUUAGAGUUGGAAGAUGUAGAGAUUUAGUAGCUUUCAAACACAGUUUUUAGCCACAAUAUUUAAAGAAAGAUAUAUUUGCAUUAUAGGCUACAGAGUAAAUGUUCACUCAAACGGUUCCUGGGAUGAGAAGGUUGUCCUAUGAUGACAGGCUGAGCAGAUUGCACCAAUGCUAUCUGGGGUUUACAAGAAUGGAAGAUAGUCUCACUGAAACAUAUAAAAUUCUGCAGGUAUUCAAGAGGGUAGACACUGUGAGAUUGUUUCCCCUGGUUAGACAAUAAUUAACAUCAGGAGGAAGUAUAUGGAGCUGAGAUUUGAGAAAUUUAUUUUUUCAGAAUGGUGCAAAUCUUUGCAAUGUUCUACUGCAGGGGGCUGGGAAUCAUUGAAAAUAUUUAAGGCUAGAAUAGGUAGAUUUUUCUUCGGUCUCUUGGACCAUAAAAGGAAGUGGAUAGGAAAGUGAAAUUGAGACAGAAAAUUAGCCGUGAUUGUACUGAAUAGCAGAACCAUUGAGAGGAUCAAUGGGCUACAACUGCCACUAAUUCUUAUUUUGUAAGCAUGCCUUACACCAUAAGACACAGAAGCAGAAAUUAGGCCAUUCAGCCCAUCAAGUCUGCUCUGCCAUUCACUCAUGGCUGAUGAAUUUCUCAACCCCAUUCUCCUGAUUUCUCCCCUUAACCUUUGAUCCCCUUGACAAUCAAGAAUCUUUCUAUCUUGGUUUUUCAUAUGGAAUCAUAGAGUCAUAAAGAUGUACAGCAUGGAAACAAACCCUUCAGUCCAACUAGCCCAUGCCAGUCAGAUACCCUAGAUAAAUAUACUCAAUGACCUGGCCUUCACAGCCUUCUGUGGCAAUGAAUUUCACCAUUCUCUGCCUAAAGAGGUAUCACCUCAUUUCAGUUCUAAAGGGCCUUCCCUUUACUCUAAGGCAGUGCCCUUGUGUCCUGGCAUCUCCUAUUAAUGGAAACACCUUCUCAACAUCUAUUCUGUCAGGCUGUUCAGUAUUCUGUAAGUUUCAACUAUAUCCCUCUCAUCCUUCUAAACUCUAUUGAGUAAGGACCAGAGCCCUCAAUCAUUCCUUAUAUGUUAAGCCUUUCAUUCCUAGGUCAUUCUCACGAACAUCCUCUGGACCUGCUCCGGGCCCAGUACAUCCUUCCUGAGGGAAUGGGGCCUGAAAUUGCUCACAAAGCUCUAAAUGUGGUAUAAAACCUCAGAAGUAAACCUUUGCUGUUAUAUUCAAAUCCCCUCAAAAUUUUGUGUUUGCCUUCCUCACUAUUGAUUCAAGCUAUAAGUUAACCCUAACAGAAUCCUGGACUAAGACUUCCAAGUGCCUCUGCACUUCAGAUUUCUGAAUUUUCUCCCCAUUUAGAAAAUAUUUUAUGCUCUAAUCUUCCUCCCAAAGUGCAUGACUUCACACUUUCCCACUUUGUGUUCCAUCUGCCACUUCCUUGCCCCCUCUCCUAACCUCUCUAAAUCGUUCUGCAGCCUCCCCGCCUUCACAAUACUACCUGCCUCUCCAUCUAUCUUUAUUUUGAUUGUUUAUUUUACCAGAUGUUGUUCAUUCUACUUCCCAAGUCUGAUGAAAAGUUAUCAAGUUAAAAUGUCAAUUCUCUUUCUCCCAGCAUUGAUGUUGCCUGACCUGCUGAGUAUUACCAACAUUUACUAGUUUUGGACAGAAGUGGUACAGUUUCAAUUAGGACUGUGAUACCUGGGAUUUAAGGGGUGGAAUUUCAGAGUCUAAGGUCUAGACAUAAUCUGUGGGCUGAGGUUAAACACCAUCUCAUUCAUCAAUAGAUAUUAUAACUAUAUCAUGCCGAAUUAAUAAAUGUUUAUUUAAUAAAUUUCUUUACAGUUUUAAGCUCUUCGAAUCAAUAUAUAUGAGCAUAGAACUUAACAUAAACUACUUAAAGAUUUGCCUGUCCAGUAGCUGCAGGAGUUCUGAAGCAGAAGGAAGUUGCUUUUUAAUGUUUUCUUUUAAUUUAUCAGAGAAUAAGAUUUUUAAAGACUAUUAUGAAGCAUUAUUUCUCUUUAAUGAAAUUUACAGCAGAAUAUAAUUUCUUGAUGAUAUAGUGCACCCUGUUUCCUGGUUAUUGACAUAUUUAUAAAAAUAUUCUGUUUAAUUUAACUAUUCAACUGAUCAGAAUUUAUAACAGGGCAUUUUUCAGCGUAAAUUCCAGGUAAUUGUGCACACUACCAGAAGGUGGUGGCCAACUUUAUAGAUCCAUACUACACAAGGUGGCAAAGGAUGAAGAGGCUUUCAUUAAUAUUUCCUCUUUCAAGAUACAAGUCGACAUACCAAUGGUCUCACUGCAAAAAUAUAAGAAAAUAUUGUAUCAUAAACUACCAGAAAGUUGUAUUGUUAAAAUGAAGUGUAUGUUGUAUCUGUCAUUAUCAUAAAUAUAAUGUUAUACCAAAUCAAGUAGUGUGACAAUUCAAAAAAUGGUUAAACAACGACUUUCAUUUACAAAUGUUUCUCGUUUGCACUGCCUGUACUGUGAUAUAUCGUAAUAAAUAUAACAU